AUGAGCGAAGAAGUACCCCUCUCUGUCGUCACUGUCUUUAAUGACUCUAGCGAUGGAUUCCAAGUUUGUAUCAAGAACGAUAGAACUGUAGGAUCUUUAGGCAUUUGGGUUGGGGAUAAUCCAUUCGAUUUUGUGAUUCCUGUCACAUUGUUCCAACUCAUUAUGGUCGGUGUAAUCACUCGAACACUUCAAUACAUCCUCAGGCCUAUAAAAACACCCAAAUUCCUCUGCUCCGUCAUGGCCGGCAUUCUGUUGGGACCAACAUGUUUUGGACGGUAUGAAGCCGUAAUGGGGACUCUAUUUCCGCUAAAACAAGCUGCGGUUUUAAUGGCGUUGUCGAAAAUAGGCAUUACAUAUUCUAUAUUCAUGAUUACUCUUAAGAUGGAUGUGGCGACGACAUUAAGAGCAGCAAAACGUUGUUGGAGAUUUGGGGUAUUUCCUUUCUUGGCUUCAUUUUUCGUUACAGUGAUUCUAUUUUCUUUGUAUACACCCUAUGACAGAGUAAACACGACAAUGAUUGACUUCCCAAACAUCUUCACCGUAAGCAGUUUCGCUGCUGUAUCUGAAGCGUUGGUAGAACUGAACCUUAUAGCUACGGAAAUAGGGCAAAUUGCUUUGUCUUCAGCGUUGGUUAGUGAAAUGUUGCAAUGGGUUACGAUGGGAUUUCAGUUCAACUCAGGCGGGGACCUGCACUUUACGGUUAUAAUUUUGGUUGCUGUCUUGGGAUACGCUUUCUUGUGUAUUUUUGUUAUAAGACCGGUGGUGAAGAUUAUUAUUCAGAGAACACCACCAGGGAAACCAAUGAAAGAAGCAUACGUUGUUUUGGUUCUUCUGGGAGCCCUAGCUAUGGCAGCUAUUAGUGACAUUUUUGGGAUAUAUUUCAUCGUAGGACCUACCAUUUAUGGUUUGGUUUUGCCCAAUGGGCCCCCCUUGGCGACCACAGUUAUAGAGAGAAGCGAAAUAAUCAUCUCGGAACUUCUCAUGCCUUUCUUCGUCUUGUAUUUAGGCUUGAAGACAGAUUUGAAUGGAAUUCAAAACAAUUGGAAGGUGGUUGGAGUAUUUCAAGCUAUCCUAUUUGUGGGAUUCAUGGUAAAGGUCAUUCAUGCAGAAAUAUUCAGUCAAAUGGUGUUGUAUGUGGUGAUGACGACAGCAAUUUGCAUACCUAUGAUCAAAUCAUUGUACAAGCAUCGUCCGCGAGUGUUGAAAACGGCAACCAUAAAUGAAGGGCGCGUGAGAACAAUCCAAAACAUUCCUGAAACAUCGGAGUUUAACAUUGUUUCUUGUUUACACAACGAUGGAAAUGUUCAUAGCAUGAUUGCGUUGAUAGAGGCAUGCAACCCAACAACACGAAGCCCUAUAAGUGUCUACGUGAUCCAUCUCAUUGAGCUCUUGGGGAAAAGCACACCCAUUCUCCUUCCCAUGAACAAGCACAACAGAAAAGCCCUCUCUACCAAUUACCCUAACACCAACCACAUUCUACGUGCCUUUGAGAACUACUCCCACAACUCAAGUGGACCCGUAACCAUUCUUUCAUACGUAAAUGUGGCCCCCCUCAAUAGCAUGCACGAGGCUGUUUGUAACCUCGCCGAGGAUAGCUCAGUGCAUUUCCUUAUUAUCCCAUUUCACCAAAAUGAUCAAAGUAUUGGUAGCCACACUGCCACGGUCAUUCGGGAACUCAACACUAGCUUUCUAGCUAGUGCAAAGUGUACAGUCGGGAUAUUGGUAGAUAGAUCCUCGAUGCUUGGUAUGAUUAGCUCCAAGCUAUGUUUUCAUGUGGGUAUCUUCUUCAUUGGUGGAACGGAUGACAGAGAAGCAUUGGCAUUGGGAAUUCGAAUGUUAGAGCGCCCCAACACGCGUGUAUCGUUAUUUCGGUUUGUGCCUAGCAACAAUUCAGGGUCUUUUAUAGAUAGGUUUGCGGAUAAUGAAGAGGAAAGGGUAGAGAUCGUGUGUGAUGAAAGUUUAAUAGAUGAAUUCAAGGCCAAGAACAUUACUAAUAGUGAUAGUGUGUCUUGUCAUGAGAUUGUGGUGGAGGAUAGCAUACGGGUGUUGGAAGCGAUUCGUCGCUUGGAAAAUGACUAUGACCUUGUGAUGGUGGGAAAGAGACAUUGCAUUGGGGAUUUGACGGAUGAAGAGAUGACGAAUUUCAUGGACAAUGCGGAUCAGUUAGGAAUUUUUGGAGAUCUGUUGGUGUCCAAUGAGUUUUGUAAUGGGAAGGUUCCAGUUUUGGUGAUGCAAUGUUGUGAAAAGAGGGUAAAACUUUUAGACAAGGAAGCUGGCUCUGGCCCUUUCUACCAUUAA